CAACAAUUUGAUCAUUAAAAAUGAAUUGGAACGGUGGUUAUCUUCAAAAAUUUCGGCCACGAAAAAUGACCCAAAGAGAUUUGGAAAAAAUUAAAAUCGAAGAAAAUAUCAAACGUCGACAGCAGCAGUCGAAAUGUUUGAAAGAAAAAGAUAAACAAUCAAUCAGUUUGAAACAAGUGAUGCCAAAACGAAUCAUUGAUCGACCAUUAAUUAUUCGUUCCAAAUAUUUCGAACCAUAUGAUAAUUUCAUAUCAAAAUCCGUGAAAUCGAUCAUCAAAAAUGAUGAUUGUCAAGACGAAAAUGUACAUCCGAAUAAAGAAAACGAUGAAAUUCCAUUCGAAGAAUUUGCUGAAAUCUAUCCGGAAGAUGAAAUCAAUCCAGACCAAAAUUGUGUUAUUUUCAAAAUAAAUACCGAUGAUGAUGAUGAUGAUAAUAAUAAUGAUGACGUAUGUUGAUUAUAUCUGUCAUUCAAACAGGAUAAAAAAGGAUGGUCAAUGACAAUGUCCAAAAUCCAUCAUUAUUAUGGCAUAAUAAUUGUCUUAUUAAAACAUGUAUCAAAUCAUCUCAUUGUUGUAUAUGAUAACAAUUAACUUAUAAUAAUCACAUAAUAAUCAUCAUCAUAUGAC